UAACCGCUCCGUGAGACUGGGAGGGUCAGUCAGAAGUUUACUCGGACCCGAAUUUACUUUUGUCCUUGAAUAACAACGUUAACGUCACAGCGAUGCUUGGUCAACGAACUACAAUACGUUUUUAAAUAGAAAAACGGUAGCUACUUUACAUUAUAUUUCUUAGUUUGAAGACAUUAUGGCUAAACGUAGUUUUGUGGACUUCGUAUAACUCUCUUUAGGAUAGAAGAAUUUACAGUAGCCUAUAGCCCACAUUAUUUCAUGUACCAUGGUCCACAAAUACGACACCGAGCGGGCGAUGGGGUUGCUGAAGCAGUACCAGGAGAACCUCACCAGCCCCGAGGAGCAGGGCCUGAGGACCAGUGUGGGGAAGGUGUCGGCCAUCCUGGGCAGCCAGCUGUUCCAGGCCCUGCUAGAUAUUCAGGAGUGCUACGAAGUGACACUGAAACUGAACACCGCAGAGAACGGACCAACGGCAGACAUGGGGGAGGCUCAUCUGGAGACGGGCUCAGAGAAAGAAGAGUUGGAGGGUGUGUCGCUUGUACAGGUGACCAGCAGGAACAGCCCUCAGAAGGUGGAGAGCGUGUGUGCAGUGGUCAGCUUGUCCCACGUGGACCCGCCCAAGGCAAACCCUCCCCCCAUCAUCGUCAACGCAGACUCCUUGGAUGCAGGCCCUUAUGUGAACGGCAGCGAUGGGAUGUACAAAUACGAAGAAAUCAUUCUGGAAAGGGGUAACUCCGGCCUGGGCUUCAGCAUUGCUGGAGGGAUGGACAAUCCGCACAUUCCGGACGACCCUGGGAUCUUCAUCACUAAAAUAAUCCCAGGAGGAGCAGCAGCCAUGGACGGCAGGCUGGGGGUGAAUGACUGCGUCCUGAGAGUGAACGAGGUGGAUGUGUCAGAGGUGGUGCACAGCAGGGCGGUGGAGGCGCUGAAGGAGGCGGGGCCUGUGGUCAGGCUGCUGGUGCGGAGGAGACAGGCCCCGCCCGAGACCAUUCUGGAGGUCAACCUGCUCAAAGGGCCAAAGGGGCUGGGGUUCAGCAUCGCCGGGGGCAUCGGCAACCAGCACAUCCCCGGAGACAACAGCAUCUACAUCACCAAGAUCAUCGAGGGCGGGGCCGCACAGAAGGAUGGGAGACUUCAGACCGGAGACCGCCUUCUGGCUGUGAACAACAUCAUCCUGCAGGACGUGCGUCACGAGGAGGCGGUCGCCGCUCUGAAGAACACCUCUGACAUGGUGUACCUGAAGGUGGCCAAGCCUGGCAGCGUGCACCUCAACGACAUGUACGCUCCCCCGGACUACUCCAGCAGCCUCGCCCUCCCUCCAGCCUUCCCCACUAUGGUCGAUAACCACGUGGCCCACAACUCCAGCAUGGCCUACAUGGGCGGGGUGGAGCCCAAGUCCGUCUACCAGCCCCCCCAGGUCACGCCCUCCAGGUACUCCCCAAUCCCCCGUCACAUGCUGGGGGAGGAAGACUUCACCAGGGCCGAGCCCAUUUACAGUGUCAUCCACAAACCCUCGGAGGACUGCGUCCCCCCCUCCCCCCACUUCUACAGCGGGGGGGCCUGUCCCCUCCCCCCCCCGGCCCUGCGCCAGGGCCCCGCGGCGCCCUACUCCGGCAGGGAGCCCCGUAAGGUUCUACUCCACAAGGGCUCCACUGGGCUGGGCUUCAACAUCGUCGGGGGAGAGGACGGCGAGGGCAUCUUCGUCUCCUUCAUCCUGGCGGGGGGGCCCGCCGACCUGAGCGGGGAGCUGAGGAGGGGCGACCGCAUCCUUUCGGUGAAUGGCGUGAAUCUGCGCAAUGCCACACACGAGCAGGCAGCCGCAGCACUGAAGAGAGCAGGACAGACGGUCACCAUUAUCGCUCAGUACCGACCAGAAGGUAGGACAACGGGUAUCACAGAGUACAGCCGCUUCGAGUCGAAGAUCCACGACCUGCGCGAGCAGAUGAUGAACAGCAGCAUGAGCUCUGGCUCUGGCUCCCUGCGCACCAGCGAGAAACGCUCGCUCUACGUCAGGGCCCUGUUUGACUACGACAGGACCCGGGACAGCUGUCUGCCCAGCCAGGGGCUCAGCUUCUCGUACGGGGACAUCCUGCACGUCAUCAACGCCUCUGACGACGAGUGGUGGCAGGCCCGGCUGGUCACGCCCCACGGGGAGAGCGAGCAGAUCGGGGUCAUCCCCAGCAAAAAGAGGGUGGAGAAGAAGGAGCGUGCCAGGUUAAAAACGGUCAAGUUCCACGCCAGGACGGGCAUGAUCGAGUCCAACAGGCAGUCAGUCAAAGUAAAGCGUAAAAAGAGCUUCAACCUCUCGCGCAAGUUCCCGUUUUACAAGAGCAAGGAGAAUAUUGUGCAGGAGUGUGUGGAGUCAGAACAAUGUCUGACGUCCAACACGAGCGACAGCGAGAGCAGCUCCAAGGGGCAGGAGGACACCAUCCUGUCGUACGAGCCUGUGAUCCGGCAGGAGAUCCAUUACACACGACCUGUGAUCAUCCUGGGACCCAUGAAGGACAGGAUAAACGAUGACCUCAUCUCCGAGUUCCCUCACAAGUUUGGGUCCUGCGUACCGCACACGACCCGGCCCCGGCGGGAGAAUGAGAUGGACGGGCAGGACUACCACUUCGUGGGCUCGCGGGAGCAGAUGGAGAAGGACAUCCAGGACAACAAGUUCAUCGAGGCCGGCCAGUUCAACGACAACCUCUACGGGACCAGCGUGCUGUCUGUCAGAGCAGUGGCUGAGAGGGGUAAACACUGUAUCCUGGAUGUUUCCGGGAAUGCCAUAAAGCGAUUGCAACAAGCACAACUUUACUCAAUCGCCAUCUUCAUCAAGCCAAAAUCGGUGGAAGCCCUAUUGGAAAUGAAUAAGAGGCAGACGUAUGAACAGGCCAGUAAAGUGUUCGACAAGGCCAUGAAGCUGGAGCAGGAGUUUGGCGAAUACUUCACAGCCAUUGUACAGGGCGACUCGCUAGAGGAGAUCUACAACAAAAUCAAGCUGAUCAUCGAGGAACAGUCGGGACCUUACAUCUGGAUCCCCUCCCCCGAGAAGCUCUGAGCGGCCCGCCCUGCGCUCCUCCUGCGUUCCUCGCUGAGAUCGCCCGCCCCCCUCUCUCCCCCCCGCCUCCUCCCAAACUCCCCCCCCACCCCCACCCCCCCACUCGAGUCCCAUACCUCCCUUUUUGCAGAUAUGUUUCAUAUCCAGUUUUAUUGUCAUCAUUCUGUUAAACUCUCAAAUGAAAAAAAAAAAAAAAAAAAAAGUCUUAUCACCAUUUCUGUGGCUGUGCGCACACCCCUGCAUGAGUUUCUCAACAAAUCCAUUCAAGACUGGAAAUGUCAUUCCAAGUGAAUUUUUAUCAUUUAAAAACAGACAAAAGGGGGGAAAAAAAAAAACACCGGCCGGAACGACGGAGAUGAGAAUGUCUUAAAAAGGCGCUGAAGUGGGAUUUGAGAAUUUAGGAUUUGCGGGGGGGGAAAAGACGAAAAACGGUACAAGCUGGAACUAUUUGUAAAUGUUUAUAAACUUGCAUUAAAGACGUGGAAGAUGAGAAGCCAGAGACCAAUGAGUUUUUUCUACAAGGACCAGAUACAAAUCAACCCCCCCCCCCCCCCCCCCCCAGAUGGUACUAUUCAUGGAGUGUUUUCCAAUGUUUAUACAUAUAUAUUAAAAAAAGAAAUGAUGACAAAAAAGUAUAAACUGGUGAUCUGCAGUUAUCUGAAACCAGCUUGCUAUUUGAUUGGCUGCCGGCAGGUUGUGAUGCAGCCAAUCAAGAUAACCUGGGAGGCAGGACGAAUGGGGAGAAAUGGACGUGAAUCUAUAAAUUUAUAUUACCGAGACCAACGACGUAAAGUCCUAUGGAGAGAUGAUUUACUACAUAUUAAAAACAUGUUGUUUUACACUUCACCGGAAUUGUCUACAUGGAGGGCUGUAUAAUUUCAUUAAUUAUUUUUUUGUGGUUUCUUUGUGGUUUUAUCUUUUAAGCUGCUCUGGGUUGAGAGGGGGUAGAGAGGUGUAACUGGGUCUCUGCAAAAUACCAAACUGCCUUAUGUAGAAAAGUAUACAAACACGUAAUCUGCACAAUUAUUCAAAAGAGAUGACAGAACCAUAUUUUGCACCUUUUCCCCCCCCCCCCCCCCCGACUAAUCUUCCAAGUGAUCAGAGGACUGUCCCGGAGGGCCCAGUUGACGGUUGGUCCUCUCGGCUCUAGUUUUCCAGGGUGCAUCUCCUUGUCUUCAGAGAAAGAGAGAGAGAGAGAGAGACGGCUCGAUUCUUUGGGGGGCGGAAUUUCGAUCUGAGCAGGAAAGAGCCCCCCCCCCCCUUUCCCAGUGACAUCACUGAGACUCCACCCAUUCACACUUUCUCUGCCUUCCAGAGCCGAUCUCACACAGGCCGCUGGGUGCCGUCCCGAUGGGUCCUAACCUGUAAAUUGAUAAGGAUUAAGAACGGCUGUACGGUUCGAGUCCCUCUCGUUAACACGAGUGAUGAAAAUGUCCCGCUUCAGGACAAUCUCUGCUUUCCCCUCCCAAAUGCUCAUGUUGGUUAAAUGAAGCUCAUCUGUCCCCGAGUGUUUAGAGCAUUUAAAAUAUAUUUUUUAAUAGUUCUGGGCAAGUGUUGAUCCGCUGUGUUGCACCCGAUUUGAGGGGCUUGUUUGGCCAGCUCAGGAAUCUCUUAACGCACAGAUGCCAGUUCCCAGUAAUAAAAGGGCCCCGCUGCUUUUCGGUUAGAAACAAAGUAAGACUGGUAUUGGCGCGGGGGGGGCUGGGAGUAGAGCAGACGCUAGGAUCGGGCAGAGCCGUUUCUCUCUCGAGUAGAGCCAGAAACACGGAGGAGCCAGCCCGUUUGUGUGGGGCAAGAGGAGGCAGAGGUGUUUGAGGUGUGAGACUUGAAUACAUUUUUCCUUUUUUUUUCUUUUUUUUUUUUUGUAUUUAUUAAUAUUUUGAAAAACGUGCCGACGCUUUGUCCAGACCAGCUCUGUGGCCGUGACCCCCGUGCAUGAAUUGGCCAGGUGGACUGUGAGACUCCCACACGGUCCCCCUCCCAACGCUCCCGAGGAUCUUGGCACUUUGUACAUUUAAAAAGGGAUAUGCCUGACUCAAUGAAGGUGGAAUACCCGGGAGUACCCAACCCCUUGAAGCAGGGAGGACCUAUCAGGUGUGUCCCGCAGUGCAUUGUGGGUAGUGGGGCAUCCAUCAGAGGUGACGACUGAGCGGGGACCUCCUGAGCCGCGGAACCUGUACCUGCAGGCCGUCUCUGAACAGGUAUGCACACCUGCCAGGCGCCUCCGCUAAACCGGCUGUCAUACCUGCGUCAAAGCCAGAGUUCAGGGAAUUACCGAAGGGAACAGAGCCAUUAUAAACUGCUUACAGACUGUUUCAAAGGGUAUGGUAGUUGUAAAUGUAAAUAUCCCCAACCAAGAUUUUGCUACACUUGCGCUCUGCGCGUGUGUAAAACUGGGACAACUACACGUUUUGUAAAUCUCAACUGUAAGGUAAGUAAAAGAUGAAAUACUCUGAAAUUAAUUUCCAUACAAAUGUGCCGUAUUGUUGGUAUAAUAGACAUCUUCAGCUGCUCUAUUGGACCACAUUUUAUAGUCAGUUGGGAAUUGAAUUCCUUCAAAUAGGGUCUGUCUACUUGUGAUUUCUUGUGGAUUUUGUCUGAGUAUAUAGAUUUUAAAAACAAUGUUUAAAAAAAAAAAAAAUUAUAGAAGUACAAGGCAGGCAGUGACCUACAAAUGACUUAUUAAAAAAUAAUUUCUUAAUUAUCCAUUUAAAAAUGUUGUAAACUGCUUUUCUCUGAUGUUGAGACAACACAGCUGACUGUUAACAAUGCGUCGUAUUUUACCCUUCCGUCAGCCAUGUCAUGAAGCCCAAAGAACUUUAAAUUUGUUUUUUCCAUUGAGGUCACUGUGCUCCGAGGUUUUUAUCAGAACGCCUCUGUGUUUUAACGGGCGAGGGCGCGACUCUUGAUUCAGAGAAGGGACACUGUGGGUUGAGUUGGGGGCUUAUUUUGUUGUUUUUUGGUCCUUCUGGGUGAUGAGUUGUAAGGUUGACACGAGGGCACACGUGCAGUCCGUGCUUGCAGAUACGAACCCCCUGAUUGUACAGUAGUUUGUCCCCCCUGUGACUGCAGGUAUAUUGGGCCCUGAUCAGGACACGAGAAAGCAGUUCUCUCGAUCCUGCACGUAGGCCAACACAGUCCUGUGACUACAUCAGUUUUCGGUUUGUUUGGCUUUCUUUCUUUUUUUUUUUUUCUUUUUUUUUUUUGACUGGACAAAGAGUUUAUUUGUUUGAAAAAUAAAAUAUGUGACUAUUGG